GGGAGGCGGGGCUCUGAGACGGAGGUUUUGUUGUGAGGGUCGGUUGUCAAGCAGCGGCCAAUCAGGCCAGGGGAUGGAGGCAAGUGGGGGUCGCGCCUGGAGCGGAGCCUCGGCCUCCGGAGCCGCAGCUGCAGCCCAGUGUUGAGCUGAGAUGGCUCAAGCCUGACAUUCCAUGACCCGGGAUCCCGACAGGCACGCACGGGCUGCUGCUGUGGACACUUUAAAACCACGAGGUGGGCCGAGGCCGGGGCCGGGAGACAAGGCGUCCCCUCUGCCUGGAUGUGUGGAAACUCCCUGCCAACUUGAUUGGCGAAUCUGGGGGGGAUCCACCCCCACCCCACAAGGAAAGCACAGUCUACUGUGGGUGAAACUUCAGGUGCCAGCCAGCUGAAGGAUGGCCACCCCUGUGGUCACCAAGACGGCCUGGAAAUUGCAGGAGAUCGUGGCUCACGCCAGCAACGUGUCCUCGCUGGUGCUAGGCAAAGCCUCGGGUCGGCUGCUGGCCACGGGCGGGGAUGACUGCCGUGUCAACCUGUGGUCCAUCAACAAGCCCAACUGCAUCAUGAGCCUGACGGGUCACACGUCCCCCGUGGAGAGCGUCCGUCUCAACACUCCCGAGGAGCUCAUCGUGGCCGGUUCCCAGUCGGGCUCCAUCCGCGUCUGGGACCUGGAAGCUGCCAAAAUCCUCCGCACACUUAUGGGACACAAAGCCAACAUCUGCAGCCUGGAUUUCCACCCAUAUGGCGAGUUUGUGGCCUCAGGUUCCCAGGACACAAACAUCAAGCUCUGGGACAUCAGGAGGAAGGGCUGUGUCUUCCGAUACAGGGGGCACAGCCAGGCCGUGCGGUGUCUCCGGUUCAGCCCUGACGGGAAGUGGUUGGCAUCGGCCGCAGAUGACCACACGGUGAAGCUCUGGGAUCUGACUGCUGGCAAGAUGAUGUCUGAGUUCCCUGGCCACACGGGGCCUGUCAAUGUGGUGGAGUUUCACCCCAACGAGUACCUCCUGGCUUCUGGCAGCUCUGACAGGACCAUCCGUUUCUGGGAUCUGGAGAAAUUCCAGGUGGUGAGCUGUAUCGAAGGGGAGCCAGGGCCUGUCAGGAGUGUGCUUUUCAACCCCGAUGGCUGCUGCCUGUACAGCGGCUGCCAGGACUCGCUGCGCGUCUACGGCUGGGAGCCCGAGCGCUGCUUUGACGUGGUGGCCGUCAGCUGGGGCAGGGUGGCCGACCUGGCCAUCUGCAACGACCAGCUGAUAGGCGUGGCCUUCUCCCAGAGCAACGUCUCCUCUUACGUGGUGGACCUGACGCGGGUCACCAGGACAGGCACGGUGGCCCGGGACCCCGUGCAGGACAGCCGGCCCCCGGCACAGCAGCCGCCCCACCCCAGCGCCCCUCUUCGGCGCAUCUAUGAGCGGCCCAGCACCGCCUGCAGCAAGCCUCAGAGGGUGAAGCAGAACUCAGAGAGCGAGCGCCGUAGCCCCAGCAGCGAGGACGACAGGGACGAGCGGGAGUCUCGGGCAGAAAUCCAAAACGCCGAGGACUACAACGAGAUCUUCCAGCCCAAGAACAGCAUCCGUCGGACACCACCCCGAAGAAGUGAGCCCUUCCCAGCACCCCCGGAGGACGACAUGGCCACCGCCAAGGAGGCAUCAAAGCCCAGCCCAGCCAUGGACACGCAGCUCCCGGUGCCAAAUCUCGAAGUCCUGUCCCGGCCCCCGGUCAUCACUUCCACUCCUGCUCCCAAGGCCGAGCCUGCCAUCAUCCCUGCCACCCGGAACGAGCCCAUCGGACUGAAGGCCUCCGACUUCCUGCCUGCCGUGAAGAUCCCCCAGCAGGCGGAGCUGGUUGACGAGGAUGCCAUGUCUCAGAUCCGCAAAGGCCACGACACCAUGUGUGUCGUGCUCACCAGCCGCCACAAGAACCUGGACACCGUGCGGGCCGUGUGGACCGCAGGCGACAUCAAGACGUCGGUGGACUCGGCCGUGGCCAUCAAUGACCUGUCUGUGGUAGUGGACCUUCUCAACAUUGUCAACCAGAAAGCCUCCCUGUGGAAGCUGGACCUGUGCACCACUGUCCUGCCGCAGAUCGAGAAGCUUCUGCAGAGCAAGUAUGAGAGCUACGUCCAGACGGGCUGCGCCUCCCUGAAGCUGAUCCUGCAGCGGUUUCUGCCCCUGAUCACAGACAUGCUGGCGGCCCCGCCCUCCGUGGGUGUGGACAUCAGCCGGGAGGAGAGGCUGCACAAGUGCCGGCUCUGCUACAAGCAGCUCAGGAGCAUCAGCGGCCUCGUCAAGAGCAAGUCGGGCUUGAGCGGCCGCCACGGCAGUGCCUUCCGCGAGCUGCACCUGCUCAUGGCCAGUUUGGACUGAGACGUCCAGAGGGUGGGGGCGCCCUCAGGCCUGGCCUCGGCCCCCACUCCUGUUUCCUGUGUGCCCACCGGCCCACGAGCCUCUGCCUGGCCCCCACUGCUGCCCUGCGGCCAUCCUAGAGGCGGCGGCACUGGGCCACUGGCCGCCUCCACAGCCCUGAACUCUGACAACUUCUCUCCAGCCACAGCUGCCCAGCUUUGCCCAACUCCUGCUUCCUGGGGCAGCGAACUGAGCCCUGGGGCUGCUGCUGUAAUUUAUAAGGUGAAUUUUAUUAAAUUUGUAACGAUU